UACCUGUUUGGUCUCUUACAACAAAUGAAAUCUUAGUGGUAAGAGGAAAGGCGGAGGACUGGCAAUAUUUGUAAAUAACAGAUGGUGCAAUUCUGGGCACAUCACUAUUAAAGAGAAAAUCUGCUGUAAAGAYAUUGAACUGCUAGCCRUUAGUAUGAGACCUUACUAUCUACCACGGGAAUUCUCGCAUGCUAUCGUGAUAGCUGCGUACGUCACUCCCUCUGCUAAUGCGGAUACUGCCUGUGAUAUCCUACACUCAGCUGUGAGCAGGAUCCAGAGCCAGCACCCACAGGCACUCCUUCUGAUCUCAGGGGAUUUCAACCAGUCUUCUCCAUCCUCAACGCUGUCUGUUUUCACCCAGUAUGUCACUUGUCACACCAGAGAAAAUAAAAUACUGGAUUUGUUUUAUGCCAAUACCAAGGAGGCAUAUAAGUCAUUACCCCUUCCUCCCUUGGGAAGAUCUGAUCACAACCUGGUCCAUCUUUUGCCUGUGUACAAACCACUUGUACACAGAGAACCAGCCGUCAUACGCACAGUGAAGAAAUGGAGUGCAGAGACUGAGGAGGCUUUGAAAGACUGUUUCAGCACAACUUUGUGGGAGGAGAUGUGUGAUUCUUAUGGAGAAGAUAUUGAUGGACUCACACACUUCAUAACAGAUUAUGUCAAUUUCUGUGUGGAGAAUACCGUACCCACAAGG